CCCGCCCGCUCAUGGACCCCGCCGCGGCGGCGGCCGGCGAGGAGGAGGGCGGGGAGAAGCCGCCGGUGAUUUACACCAUGGAGAACAAGCCCAUCGUCACCUGUGCUGGAGAUCAGAAUUUAUUUACUUCCCUGUAUCCUACGCUUUCUCAGCAGCUUCCAAGAGAACCCAUGGAAUGGAGGAGGUCUUAUGGCCGUGCUCCAAAGAUGAUUCAUCUAGAAUCAAACUUUGUUCAGUUUAAAGAGGAGCUACUACCCAAAGAGGGGAAUAAGGCUCUUCUGACUUUUCCCUUUCUUCAUAUUUACUGGACAGAAUGUUGUGACACCGAAGUGUACAAAACCACAGUCAAGGAUGACAUCACCAAGUGGCAGAACGUUCUCAAGGCUCACAACUCAGUGGACUGGCUAAUUGUGGUGGUUGAGAGUGAUGCCAAGAAAAAGAACAAAACAAAUAUCCUUCCCCGAACUUCUAUAGUAGAUAAAAUAAGAAAUGACUUCUGUAACAAGCAAAGUGACAGAUGUGUGGUACUUUCAGACCCUUUGAAAGACUCUUCCCGUUCUCAGGAAUCUUGGAAUGCCUUCCUGACCAAACUCAGGACAUUGCUUCUCAUGUCUUUUACCAAGAACUUAGGCAAGUUUGAAGAUGACAUGAGAACUUUGAGAGAAAAAAGGACUGAACCAGGAUGGAGUUUCUGCGAGUAUUUCAUGGUCCAGGAAGAACUGGCCUUCGUCUUUGAGAUGCUGCAGCAGUUUGAAGAUGCACUAGUGCAGUAUGAUGAGCUGGAUGCCUUGUUUUCUCAGUACGUUGUGAACUUUGGGGCUGGUGAUGGUGCAAACUGGCUGACAUUUUUUUGCCAGCCAGUGAGGAGCUGGAAUGGUUUAAUUCUCCGAAAACCAAUAGACAUGGAGAAGAGAGAGCUAAUUCAGAAUCAAGAAGCUACUCUACUGGACUUGCGUAGUUACUUAUUUUCUCGCCAGUGCACGUUGUUAAUCUUCCUGCAGAGGCCGUGGGAGGUUUCCCAGCGAGCGUUGGAGCUUCUUCACAACUGUGUGCAAGAACUCAAGCUAUUAGAAGUCUGUGUUCCUCCCGGAGCUUUGGAUUGUUGGGUAUUUUUGAGUUGUUUGGAGGUCUUACAAAGAAUAGAAGGCUGCUGUGAUAGGGCUCAAAUAGAUGCAAAUGUUUCCCACACGGUUGGUUUAUGGAGCUAUGCUACUGAGAAGUUAAAGUCUCUGGGUUACCUGUGUGGGCUGGUGUCAGAGAACGGACCCAAUUCAGAAGACCUUAACAGAACUGUUGAUCUGUUAGCAGGGUUGGGAGCAGAACGUCCUGAAACAGCCAAUGCAUCACAGAGCCCUUACAAGAAACUUAAAGAGGCCUUAUCAUCUGUAGAAGCUUUUGAAAAGCACUACUUAGAUCUGUCCCAUGCCACCAUUGAAAUGUACACAAAUAUUGGGAGAAUUCGCUCAGCUAAGCUUGUCGGAAAGGAUUUGGCAGAGUUUUACAUGAGGAAGAAAGGUCCACAGAAGGCAGAAGUCUAUCUUCAAGGAGCACUGAAAACUUACCUUGCUGAGGGCUGGGCAUUGCUUGUCACGCAUACAAGAAAGCAGUUAGCAGAAUGUCAGAAACACCUUGGGCAAAUAGAAAAUUAUCUUCAAAUAAGCAGUCUUUUAGCUGGUGAUAAUCACCUAACAGAAGAUGAGCGUAAAAGCUUUUGCCAAGAAAUACUAGAUUUUGCCAAUCAGCAAACAGAGAAUCAAGGUCAAAAAAUUAUAUUGCCUAUGCACUCCUUUGCACAGUUGAAAACUCUACAUUUUGACCCUCCAAAUGCUGUUGUCCAUGUAGGUGGGAAGUUGUCUAUUGAGUUGACUUUGAUAAGCCAAAUGCCCAUUCCUAUCCAAGUGGACCAGAUCGCUAUUCAUGUUCACUUCAGCAUUGAAAAGAAUAAUUACAGAAAAACAGCAGAGUGGCUCACUAAGCACAAAAUCUCCAAUGGUGUUAUCAGCUUCCCAAAUGAGGUUGUAGGAUUUCCUUGGUCAAGAAACAACUUGCCUGCACUGGAGCUGUACGAAAUGUAUGAACGGAGUCCCUCAGAUAACUCUUUGAACACAGCAGGAAUUAUCUGCAAAAAUGUGCACAUGCUACUACGAAGGCAAGAGAGCAGCAGUUCUCUGGAUAAGCCCUCAGGGCUAACUCUAGAAGAUGGGGCUCACAUGUUAAAAUGUCGCAACUUGAUACUGGAACCAGGGGUCAAUAAAAUAACAUUCAGUACUCAGGCCAAGGAACCUGGUACGUACACCCUCAGGCAACUGUGCACUUCAGUGGGAAAAAUACAGUUUGUCCUUCUUCAUAUUUAUCCAAUAGUGCAGUAUGAUGUCUAUUCUCAGGAGCCCCAGCUAAAAGUGGAACCGACGACUGAUAGCCUUUUGGCUGGCAUUCCACAGAAGGUGAAAUUCACAGUGACUACAGGUCAUUACAGCAUGAAGAGUGGAGAUACUUUGCAGCUCAGUAAUGCUGAUGCCAUGCCUAUUCUGUACAAUCCAGAGAGCAAGGCAGUGAUCUAUUCCAAUACCAGAGAAAAGAUCUCAGAAUCAUCACUAAGAAUUCAGUCUUCUGAAAAGAUUACAAGCAUCAAUUUGCCAGUGGCUCCUGCGUAUCAUGUGAUUGAAUUUGAACUAGAAGUCAUGUAUUUACCAUCAGCCACAGAAUCUGCAGAGGAGGGAGAAAAUACUACAGAUAAAGAAGUUCAGAGAAAAAACAAAGAAAAACAAAAACUGGACAACUGUAUGGCUACUGUUGAUCAAAAAGUAACCAUUGAUUGUCCUUGGUCGAUUUAUUCCACUAUUAUUGCAUUAACAUUCUGCAUACCUUUUAAUGCCAAGCAUUCCUUAUUGUCAGCUGGCAAACGGAAGUAUGUGCAAGUCUGCAUACAGAAUUUGUCAGAACUCUGCUUUCAGCUUUCAGACAAUAACCUAAAAAAUACUGCUGACUGUACAGAUUUGCAGCUGGUACCUCUGAACUCUGAAUCUCAUCAGGUCAUAUAUAGUAAGCAAUCAAUAUUCUUUGUGUGGGAAUUGAAGUGGACAAAAGAGCUUCCUCUCUCCUUGCAGUGCCUGUUUUCAGUCAGCUUUUGUCCAGCUACCUCUGAAAAACAGUCUCUUACCUUGAAGCCGUUCACUUAUGAGUUCCAAGUGGAAAAUUUUUUUACAUUGUACCAUGUGAAAACUGAAAUUUUUCCACCACUGGGGACGGAGUACUGUAAAACAGGCUCACUAUGCUCCUUAGAGGUGUCCAUCACUCGUCUUGUUGACCUCUCAGAGGUUGACAGGGAUGAAGCAUUGACAGAAUCAGAUGGGUAUUGCACAACAAAACUUAUGUAUGAAGUUGUUGACAACAGCAGUAACUGGGCAGUCUGCGGAAAAAGUUCUGGAGUGAUAUCUAUGCCUGUAGCAGCUCAAGCAACUCACAAAGUCCACAUGGAAGUGAUGCCACUGUUUGCUGGAUAUCUACCUUUUCCUGAUGUCAGAUUAUUUAAAUACCUCCCUCAUCAUUCUGCUCACUCCAUGCAACUUGAUGCUGAUAGCUGGAUUGAAAAUGAUAACCUGUCUGUGGACAAGAAUGUGGAUGAUCAAGCUGACAGCAGCAGCAUAAGGAGCAGAGGUAGCUUGCAUUCUGCAGCUAGUGGGGAACACAAAGGUUUGCCAAUGCCCCGUCUGCAAUCCUUUUCAUCUGGUCAGGUCUUCAACUGCAGCACGGGUAUGCAAAUACUUGUCAUUCCCAGCAAGGACGACCAUGUUCUCGAAGUCAAUAUCACGUGACAACUCGGUAUAAGAACAAGGAACAAACAAACAAACAAAAACAUUAGAAACUGGAUAUGAAAGCACUUUAAAGGAUUAUGACCUGAUUAGUCUUUGUUGCAACAUUUUAACGCUAAAGAAACCUAUGGCACUCAACAUUUACUGGCCAUGGAAGCACCAGACAAUUGUAUCAAUUUAAAUGUACAGUGAAGCUUGUGUCAGCUAGUUUAUAUUGCCACUUUAAUAUGUUUUGUGUGAGCUAUUGGGUUUUCUCCCUUCAGUCACAUCCUGCAUCUCAACACAGGGCAACAAAAACAAAAUAAAUCCAAAUAUUUGGACCACUUUUUUAUUUUUGUCUGGCAGCUGAUAGCUUAGUUUAAUGCUUCCUACAUAUUUUAGAGUUAAGGUUUGGGUGACAAAAUUAUCCAAAUCUUGGAAUUUUAUGUAAUUUACAGGCUUUUCCACAUGUGCCACAAGUACAGUAAAGCAUACAACAACUUGUUCAUCAACUUAAUAGUUGCUAUCCUGAUUUUUUUUUUUUCCUCUUUUUUUUCUUUUACAUUGUUAAUUCCUGUCAUUGCAAUCUUAUAUUAAACUUCCAUCAUUUGCAUACUUAAAUGCAUGGAAGCACUACUGCUAUAAACAAUCUUAACAAAAUUCCUUAAUUUUUUUGAGGCUUUCUCCUUCACAGAGUAUACACUGUGAUGUCACAUAUUAUAUGGUUUUAUUUU